AUGGCAAGCGAGCAAGAUAUUACUGCCCUCAAAAGGCGUCGCGUAGUAAUUCAAGGUGCAUGUACGCGAACCAAAACCUUUGUCGAAUCACUCGAAACUAUUAUACCUUCCAUAGCGGCGCAACUAGAAGAACGUCGAACUAAAUUAAACGAUAAUUGGUCUGAGUAUCAAAAUGUACAGUUACAGAUAGAAAUUUUUGACAAGGGCGAAUCAAACCACCGCGCCGGUUUCGAAAAUGCAUUUUACAUUCUAGCAGCCAGAAUACGCGAGUUACUGGCACCACAGGUCCUACCGCGAAACCAAACCACGCCAUCCCCUUCCCUUUCAAAUACGUCUGAAAUACCGAGAGCGACUACACACUCAAUCAUACACGCUAACGCCUCCAUCAAUGAGGUGCAAAAAUUGCAAUACCUGAAUGGCUGCUUGAGGGAUGACGCGAGUAAGGUUAUCAAUUCUUUAGAAAUUUCGGCUCUGAAUUAUGAAGUGGCUUGGAACUUAUUAAAGGAACGGUAUGACAAUAAACGAAUCAUAGUACAUAACCACAUAAAGGCCAUCAUGGACUUGCCGUGCAUGACUAAGGAAAACCUUACAGAGUUACGUCAAAUUGCGGACGGUGCCACAAGGCAUGAUUAA